UUCAACUGAAAUUAUGAAUUUAUAACGGAAUUCAUGUGCAACUUCAUUAACAGCGGAUCGAAGAUGAUAAAGUAGUUCGCUGCGAGCUUCGAAGAGAUCCUUGCGCCGUAGCCAUAGAGACACCAUUUGGUCGCCCGUCAACAACAAACAGUGCGACCGUUGAGGUCCUCGAGCAGCAGCAGCAGACGACACAUGGCCCAACAGUCGGGGGCCACCUCGCCGCCGCCCAUCUUCCUGCAUCAGGGCGAGGGCGGCGAACUGCACGAGGUGGCGGCCGUGGUGAUGGACGGCGACCAAGUGGUCACCGUGGUGCCCCAGCAGCAACAAGUGGCCACCCAGACUGUUUUGGAAGAGGCCGCGGUAGACGGAAUCGACAACUCGCCCCGACAGGUCACAGCCCAGGUCGUGGUCAGCAGUGCUCCUCAAACAGUGUCGGUGGUCCCGGUGAGCUCCUCCUUGUCCUCUUCGCCCGUUUCCGGCUCAUCUUCGCCGACGGCCGUGGAACCCACGGCCACGCAGCAGUUCAUCGCCGUCACAGACUCGGAGCGGUCUUACGCCUCUCUGACCCCCGUUAACCCUGCUGUAGAAUCUGGCGGUGUCCAGGUCGUCACAGGGGACACCGUGGCGCACUCAACUUAUGUGCAAUAUGUGGACGAAACACCUGAGGCGGCCACAAUUUAUACAACCACCAAUGGCCAAAUGGCCUAUCCUGUGUACACUAUGGGAGAGACUACUGCAACCAUGUAUACUCCUGCUGCUUCAGGACAAUAUUAUAGCAAUCAAGGAUCAGCCAGCUACGGCCAAGGGCAAGCGCAGCUUUUGGCACAGACACCCAACACUGCCACUUACAUUUUGCAGCAAGGUGUUGAUGCCAGUGAAGCCCAUGCUCUAAUUUCAAACAGGGCCAGUCCUCCAACCGUCAGUGCUCAGGAGGUGACAGGUUACAUGGUGCCUACUGAGGUAACCAGUAACAACAGCAAUGAAAACCUAGACGAAGGUGGCUCUGAUUCUGGUGGACAUAAUUCUCUGAGCCAUGCCACUCGCAUUUCUCCAGCGACUGUUCAGUGGCUUGUGGACAACUACGAAACAGCUGACGGUGUCAGUUUACCUCGAUCUAAUUUGUACCACCAUUACCUUCGUCACUGCACAGAACACAAAUUAGAUCCAGUCAAUGCAGCUUCAUUUGGCAAACUUAUCCGCUCCGUUUUUAUCGGGCUACGCACUAGACGACUUGGAACUAGGGGAAACUCGAAAUAUCACUACUACGGAAUUCGAGUUAAACCAACCUCUUCCCUGGCACAGACCUCUGAACAAGAAGAGACUACUGGUACCUCGAAUUGUGGCCGUCAAAACUCUGGAAAACGAUUCAAGGCUACAAUCAAAGUGAAUGACUUUGAUGGAACGUCUGGCAACCAAAACACAACUAGCACAUCUCCACAAAUUUCCCAACACCAGCAGUAUUUGGGCGAGGCUUCGACAGCUGUACCAGAUUUUCCGAACAUUGAAGUUGUCAUCCAGCUGCCCGAGCAGUGCACCCUUGAAGACGUUGACACCUUCAGAGCCAUGUACCGUGAACACUGUGAAGCGUUUCUGGACGCAGUCACCAAUCUGGAAUUUAACACCGUAGAAAGCCUGUGGAGAGAUUUCUGGCGCAGCUCUGAAAAUAAUAAUGACGAAUGUGAAGAAGAAAAAUACUUGGCAAAGAGAAAACUAUAUGCUUUGUGUGAAUGUGAGAUGAUCCAGGAUUUCGUAAAGAAAGUCGAUUUUGACUUUUACCAGAAUCUAGUCGAAGUGUUGAUUCCUGAUGUCCUUAGACCCAUUCCUAGUUCUUUGACUCAAGCCAUAAGAAACUUUGCCAAGGGACUGGAAGGGUGGCUCUCAAGUGCAAUGACUGGGUGCCCAGAGAAGAUAAUGAAUAUAAAGCUCUGUGCCGUGAGUGCAUUUGCUCAGACUUUGCGCCGAUACACCUCACUUAACCACCUGGCGCAAGCAGCCCGAGCAGUUCUGCAGAACUCUACGCAGAUUAACCAAAUGCUAGCGGAUCUUAACAGAGUAGAUUUCCACAAUGUGCAGGAACAGGCUUCUUGGGUUUGCCAAUGCGACCCAGACAUUGUGCAGCAGCUCGAAGCUGACUUCAAAGAAACUCUGCAGCAGCAGAACUCAUUGGAGCAAUGGGCCACCUGGCUGAAGAAGGUUGUCGCUACGGUUUUGCAGCCUCACGAAGGCAAAGCUGACUUUGGCAAGGCAGCGAGGCAGUUUCUCCUCAAGUGGUCGUUCUACAGCUCCAUGGUGAUCCGUGAUCUCACCCUUCGCAGUGCUGCUAGCUUUGGAUCAUUCCACCUGAUCAGACUUCUCUAUGAUGAAUAUAUGUUCUACCUUAUUGAGCACCAGGUGGCCCAGGCUACAGGAGAAACUCCGAUCGCUGUGAUUGGAGAGAAACAAUCAUCCGAGGACGGGCCGGAGCGUAAAAGAACUCGUCUAAUGAGCUAAAAAAUUGCAUUCCAUAUCUUGAUUGUUAAUGUUCUGAUUGUUGUGAGCUCAAACAAGACACAUGGAAUCACACUGUGUAGGUGUUAUUUUUGUAAAGCUAUUCGCACACCGUGCAGCUAGUCCAACAGACAACAAUGCCUCGUGUGCUCACUGGUUUUUUUGUAAUUUUUGUAACAGGGGGAGUCAACAGCUUCCUCAGUCAUUGUUGUGCCAUCUAUAAUCGCACUGCAAAGGCAUCGCCCCUGCUUGUAUCGCCAUAUGGAUAAAAAAGUGGAUCAUGUUGGGGUGGGCCUCAAGCGCUUGGUUAUUUGAUGUUUUCCUGUGUGUUGGUUCGAUAUUGAUUGCUUGAUUGAUUGGUGGUGCAUUGCUGUUAAUUAUGGUUCAUUCUCUAGUCACAUCAUGUGUUCAUCUCAUCUGCACAGCAGCAGUGUGCAAAGCACAAAAAUAUAAUAUAUUAUUGCUCUAUUGUUUGCCACACACACACUCUCACUCACUGAAAAAUGUUGAAUAUUUUUAAUUUGAAAUAAAUUAUUCCUGACAAA